UGUUUGCAUUUCUCCGCAGGACCAGCUCGCUUUGCAGAGCAUUGUCUGGGUAUGAGAAUCACACACAGAGAGAGAAAUACAGGGGCGAGCACAACACAGCCUUGACUCGCAGGCAGAGCAUCUGAUCCAGCCUGAACACCCUUCUCCUCCCUCAGCCCACCCCCUACUGCCCGAGCACGAAUAAUUUCCCCUAAAAAAAAAAAAAACAACAAACAAAAACAGGGGGAAACAAUAAAAAAAAAGGGAGCGAAAAAAGUUUGCAAAUCUCCUGCCUCCCUUCUUGGUUUUGUUUUUUUUUUUUUUUUUUUCUGGGGUUGGGUUUGAGGUUUCUUUUCUUUUUAUUUUAUUUUUUUAUUUAGCAAUGGCAAAUUCCUUCACGGCCAGGACCUGGCCCAUCCCCUGAGCAAAGGCAGCCUGGACAUGACCGGCAGGCGAGGGAGGAGGAAUUUUGAUUCCCUUCGGAGACGCCGACCCCUCCUCCGCCCGGUGCGAGCCAGGCGGGGGGAGCCCGGCUCCGGCCGCUCACUUCCACCGCGGGCAGCCGGGGCUGGACCGCUUCUGCCGGGGAACCGCUCGGUGUGUCCCCCCCGGCUGGCUCCGACCCCCCCCCCCCGGCACCCGCCCCGCCCCGCCCCGCCGGGGAUGCAGCAUCUCCAGCACCGGGACGGAUCCCUGCUGCGAUGAGAUCUGAGCCUUGACGUGAAGACCUUACCCAAAAGAUCUGCAGAGAGCCUGUGCUUCAGCCCUAAUAGUAGUGUUUACAAGCAACACGUGACUAAAGUUCAAAAUUAAGAGAGAAGAUGGCCAUCAACUGGAAGAUCUGCUUCUUCAUUCUUGUAUUGCUUCCCAUGGUUACAGCAACCCAUUCCAACUGCAUCAUUAAAAAGGAGCAAGAGACUUGUCUGGAGAAGAUACGGAGGGCAGCUGCCCUGAACUCUCUCAAUGACUCUUCUCCAGGUUGCCCAGGAAUGUGGGAUAAUAUUACAUGCUGGAAACCUGCAAGUGUGGGUGAAAUUGUCUUUGUCAAGUGUCCUGCACUGUUCAGAUUUGCCAUCUCUGAAGACGGUUGGGAAGUAGAUAACUUGGGGCAAACCCAUGCAGGUGAUUAUGACCUGCUGGAAAACACAGCCCAGUCUCUCUUAGGGGACAUCAGCAGAAAUUGCACUGAAGAUGGCUGGUCUGAACCUUUUCCUCAUUAUUAUGAUGCCUGCGGCUUUGAUGAAAAUGAAACAGAGUCCGAUAACCAGGACUACUACUAUCUCUCUGUGAAGGCUCUGUACACGGUGGGAUACAGCACUUCCCUAGUUUCCCUCACCACCGCCAUGGUUAUCUUGUGUCGUUUCAGGAAACUCCACUGCACUCGAAAUUUUAUCCACAUGAACCUCUUUGUUUCAUUCAUCUUACGUGCAAUAUCCGUAUUCAUUAAAGAUGGGGUUCUUUAUGCUGAACAGGAUGGCAACCACUGUAUUAUCUCAACUGUGGAAUGCAAAGCAGUGAUGGUGUUUUUUCACUACUGUGUCAUGUCCAACUACUUCUGGCUUUUCAUUGAGGGAUUGUACCUUUUCACUUUAUUGGUAGAAACCUUUUUCCCAGAGAGGAGAUAUUUCUACUGGUACACUAUUAUUGGCUGGGGUACCCCAACGAUUUGUGUCACUGUCUGGGCAGUGCUGAGACUUCACUUUGACGAUACUGGCUGCUGGGACAUGAAUGACAACACUGCCUUGUGGUGGGUGAUCAAGGGUCCUGUGGUUGGAUCAAUCAUGAUAAACUUUGUGCUUUUUAUUGGCAUAAUUGUGAUACUUGUGCAGAAACUCCAGUCACCUGAUAUUGGGGGCAAUGAAUCCAGCAUUUACUUCAGCUGCGUUCAGAAAUGCUACUGUAAGCCUAAGAGGGCUAACCAGCACUCUUGCAAGAUGUCAGAACUAUCAACCAUUACCCUGAGACUGGCUCGCUCUACGCUACUGCUUAUCCCCUUGUUUGGAAUUCACUACACGGUGUUUGCUUUUUCUCCUGAAAAUGUCAGUAAGCGGGAGAGACUAGUGUUUGAACUGGGACUGGGAUCUUUCCAGGGUUUUGUUGUUGCUGUUCUCUAUUGUUUCUUGAAUGGGGAGGUGCAAUCAGAAAUAAAGAGAAAAUGGAGGAGCUGGAAAGUCAACCGGUAUUUUGCUGUGGAUUUCAAACAUCGUCAUCCUUCUCUAGCGAGCAGCGGAGUGAACGGGGGGACACAACUCUCCAUUCUGAGCAAGAGCAGCUCUCAGAUUCGGAUGUCCAAUAAUGCGGAGAACCUAGCGACAUGAGCAGCUAAGGAAAACAAAUCAAUCAACAAGCAAACCAAAAAUCAUCCCUUUAAAAGAAAAAAAUAUCAGUUUGGUGGUUGGUGUAGGUCUCUUUGUUCCCUUUCCU